AACAAGGAAAAGCACGCAGUGAGAGAGUAGUGAAGGUAGGAAGCGUUGUGUUGUGUGUUAGAGAACAGAGGUGUGUAGUGCCGUGAAAAAGCUAUUGACGGGUGGUGUCUUAUAAGUUUGGUUGAUUGUUGGUCGGUAGUAGCCGGGUAGAAGAAGGAGUUUUGUACAGGAAUCAGGUUUCCAGGCAGCUGAAGUGAUUAAGAACAACUUGCAGAAAGAUGAAUAAAGCCUCUGCACCAUCAGCACCAAUGCCAGAGUUUGAAGGCAAUGAAUUUCAGGGCCACCCACCUCCACCGUCAUAUGAUCAAGCAAUGUCUGUUUAUCCACCUCCAGUAGCUGAAGCACGUCAGGGUGGACACGCACCCUACCCACCACAGCAGUUGCCCUACCCGCCGACAGCGGCACAGAUGUCUUAUCCACCAGCUGUGGCACAGCCGCCUUACCCAGCAGCAAGUUCUCAGAUGCCGUACCCCCCUGCAGGACAACAGAUGCCUUACCCACCAGCUGGACAACAGAUGCCAUAUCCCCCAGUGGGAACACAAACACAGCCGCCAUAUCCUGUGCAGCAGCCUCAGGGAUUUAUUCCAAGUGGUGAGCCACAUUCCAUUCCACAAACGAACAUUCCACCACCUCAGCCUCCCGCACCCCAGCAGACAUCAGUAACAACAGCAGUGUUUGUUAAUGGACCUGUGGCAGUAGGACCAAAACCUUGCAGACUGCGGUGUCCUAUGUGCCAUUCAGACAUUAAAACCAGCACGGUCACUGAAAAUCAGGCUGGGGCUCACAUCGCUUGUAUUAUUCUUUGCCUUCUUGGGUGCUUUCUGUGUAGCUGUAUUCCAUAUUGCAUGGAUUCUUGCAAGAUUGUCCAGCACAAGUGUCCAGUCUGCAAGAGUUAUCUUGGAACCUAUAAGGGCUAAACAAAUUCUGCAACUUGCAACACCGGUGCUCUGUGAUUCAUGGUUGCUAUGAGGAACGUUGCAUUUGAUACUCCAUUAUAUGUUCUUGUUACAUUGUAAUCUCAAUGUUGUAUACUACAUCUGUUGUUGUCGUCUUGCCAUUUCUGCACUGUAAUUU